CCAUAUCCGUCACCAACCCACUGUCAAUGUUGCAAUUGCCGCUUAGGUUUCAUCGAAAGAAAAAAAAAAACGAAAAAGAGAGAGAAAGAAAGAAAAUCCGAGCCGCUUGCUUUUUACUGUGCCUCCCUCACAGCCUCUCAGGUGCUGAUCGUCUGGCACCCUAUCUUAAUUUCCUCCCCUCUUUCUCUUUUCCGGCUUCGACCAUGGCUUCUGUAUCGGGUUCUGUACUUCUAAGAAAAAAUUCUCCAAUUCAUCUUCCUUUCGAAUUACACUUAAAUGAACUGGAUUACAAUCGGGCAAGGACAAAACGUUCCAGAUUGUCUCUGAAUCUAAAUCAUCCCGGGAGGCUGCAACUAUCAUCAACCAGAAGGCCUCUGAAAAUGAAAAUUCAAGCUGCUUAUAGUAACGAUGGAAGGCCAAGCAGUGCUAGCAUUUUCGUUGGUGGAUUUAUAUUAGGAGGACUCAUCGUUGGCACAGUUGGCUGUGUGUAUGCACCUCAGAUCAGCAAAGCACUAGCUGGUGCUGACCGAAAGGAAUUAAUGCGAAAAUUGCCAAAAUUCAUAUAUGAUGAGGAAAAAGCUUUAGAGAAAACUCGAAGAGUACUGGCUGAGAAAAUUGCACAACUGAACGAUGCCAUUGAUGAUGUUUCUGCUCAGCUACGGUCAGAGGAGGCCCCAAAUGGAGUAGCUGUGAACUCUGAAAUUGAAACUGCUACAUGAGCGUGCUUCUCUGCCCUGCUAUGGUGCAAUUGGUUAUCACUCUCUUCACCGGCAGAUACCUUGCUUUAAAAAAUGUAUCUAAAUUUCUUGUGAUACUAAUUUCUUCUCAGUAAUAAAUUCAUCAGUUAUUUUAAAUAUUUUAUUGGCAGCUCGUGGCUUGGGUAAAACAGUCUUUACCUUCACUUGCCUGUGGGCUGUGGCCGUCCUUCUGGAGAUCUAUGCAUACAGCAUGAAUGAUUUCGGGAUUUCAGUUGUGUUAGUUUGUUAAUGAGUUGUCAUGAUGAGCUGAUUAUACUAUAGAUGUGAACUAGCAAACAAGUGUAUCAGUAAAUUGACCUUGGAUUCGAUAAGUAAUGGAUUGUAUUCAUCUUGGAAUUUUCCAACUAA